AUGUCUGAGGAAUAUGAUGAAGCACAAACGGGCGAGGAGGGUCAGAUGGGCGGCCCUGGUGCUCCCACUCCUCUCAGUGCGCUCGAGGGCAUCGCUGGACUGACAAAGCGAGAUAUCCAAUUGGUCGUCGAUGGCGGCUUCAACACUGUCGAAGCCGUGGCCUAUACCCCGCGCCGAACGCUGGAGCAGAUCAAGGGCAUCUCGGAACAAAAGGCCACCAAAAUUCUUGCCGAAGCUUCGAAGCUUGUUCCUAUGGGAUUUACCACUGCAACAGAAAUGCACCAGCGGCGAAGCGAACUCAUCUCCAUUACCACGGGCUCCAAGAAUCUCGACACGCUGCUUGCCGGUGGUAUCGAGACCGGCUCAGUCACCGAGCUUUUCGGCGAGUUUCGUACCGGAAAAAGUCAGAUUUGCCACACGCUCGCUGUAACUUGCCAACUGCCCUUUGACAUGGGCGGCGGCGAGGGCAAGUGCCUCUACAUUGAUACCGAGGGCACGUUUCGGCCCGUCCGCCUCCUUUCCGUGGCCAAUCGAUUUGGUCUUUCUGGCGAGGAGGUCCUCGACAACGUUGCCUACGCGCGCGCCUACAACUCGGACCACCAGCUGCAGCUGCUGAAUCAGGCCGCGGCGAUGAUGUGCGAGACGCGGUUCUCGCUUCUCAUUGUGGACAGCGCCACGGCGCUCUACCGCACCGACUUUUGCGGCCGUGGCGAGUUGUCCAACCGCCAGACGCACCUGGCCAAGUUUAUGCGAACGCUGCAGCGCCUAGCAGACGAGUUUGGCGUGGCCGUCGUCAUUACGAACCAGGUCGUGGCCCAGGUGGACGGCGGACCUAGCGCCAUGUUCAACCCGGAUCCCAAGAAGCCGAUCGGUGGCAACAUUAUUGCACAUGCGAGCACGACCAGAAUCAGUUUGAAAAAGGGCCGUGGAGAGACGCGAAUCGCCAAGAUCUACGACAGUCCCUGCUUGCCAGAGAGCGAUACCUUGUUCGCCAUUGGCGAGGACGGUAUCAGUGACCCGGCCCCCAAGGAUAUGGAGAAGGACUAA